AUGCACCAAUCGACCCUCCCACACACCAUCCGUCCAUCCAUCCAUCAUGCACCAAUCGACCUACAGGCAUACCAUGCAACAUCCAUCCAUCAUGCACCAAUCGACCCUCCCACACACCAUCCGUCCAUCCAUCCAUCAUGCACCAAUCGACCUACAGGCAUACCAUGCAACAUCCAUCCAUCAUGCACCAAUCGACCCCCCACACCAUCCGUCCAUCCAUCCAUCAUGCACCAAUCGACCUACAGGCAUACCAUGCAACAUCCAUCCAUCAUGCACCAAUCGACCCUCCCACACACCAUCCGUCCAUCCAUCCAUCAUGCACCAAUCGACCUACAGGCAUACCAUGCAACAUCCAUCCAUCAUGCACCAAUCGACCCUCCCACACACCAUCCGUCCAUCCAUCCAUCAUGCACCAAUCGACCUACACGCAUACCAUGCAACAUCCAUCCAUCAUGCACCAAUCGACCCUCCAUCCAUCCGUCCAUCCAUCCAUCAUGCACCAAUCGACCUACACCAUACCAUGCAACAUCCAUCCAUCAUGCACCAAUCGACCCUCCACACACCAUCCGUCCAUCCAUCCAUCAUGCACCAAUCGACCCUACACCAAUCGACCCUUCCUGGGCAUACCAUGCAACAUCCAUCCAUCAUGCACCAAUCGACCCUCCACACAUCCAUCCAUCCAUCCAUCCAUCCAAAUCGACCUACACGCAUACCAUGCAACAUCCAUCCAUCAUGCACCAAUCGACCCUCCCACACACCAUCCGUCCAUCCAUCCAUCAUGCACCAAUCGACCUACAGGCAUACCAUGCAACAUCCAUCCAUCAUGCACCAAUCGACCCUCCCACACACCAUCCGUUCAUCCAUCCAUCCAUCAUGCACCAAUCGACCUACAGGCAUACCAUGCAACAUCCAUCCAUCAUGCACCAAUCGACCCUCCCACACACCAUCCGUCCAUCCACCACAUCCAUCCACCAUGCACCAAUCGACCUACAGGCAUACCAUGCAACAUCCAUCCAUCAUGCACCAAUCGACCCUCCCGUACACCGUCCAUACAUCCAUCUAUCAUGCACCAAUCGACCCUCCGUACAUCAUCUAUCCAUCCAUCCAUCCAUGCAUCAUGCACCAUUCGACCUACAGGCAUACCAUGCAACAUCCAUCCAUCAUGCACCAAUCGACCCUCCCGUACACCAUCCAUCCAUCCAUCCAUCCAUGCAUCAUGCACCAGUCAACCUAUAG